AUGAAUGCAGUUCAGGAUCAAUUUGUCGCUCGCGCGACGGACGACACAUUCAUAAGGAUGCUGUCCAACGUGCUGGUCAGGAUCGUGAGCGAGAACGAGUCCAAGAAGGGUGUGGUCACACGUUUCCACUCGAUGAAUGCGCCCUCAAUUUCCAUUGCCGACUACGUGAGUCGUAUUGCGCGUCACGUGCGCUGCAGCAACGAGUGUUUCGUGCUGGCGCUGGUCUACAUCGAGCGCAUUACGAGGAUGCACAAGAACUUCGCGGUGUCUAUUUUGAACGUGCACCGCUUGAUCAUAACGGCGGUGAUGCUGGCGGCGAAAUUCAGCGACGAUGUGUACUACUCCAACAAGUUCUACGCCCAGGUUGGCGGCGUGAACGUUACGGAGAUUAACCUGCUCGAGGCUCAGUUCCUGACCAUGUUGAACUUCCAGCUGUACGUCAGCGCCUUGGAAUACGAGAGUUGCCGGAUGGGUGUCGAGAAGGCGAAUUUGUUCGGCCCGCUUUCGUCCAACAUCUGGGGCGUUGCGUGGUAUAAUGCGACGGCCAAGCGCUCCUCCAGGCACAACAAGGCGCCGGCCAGCAUACCUGCGCAGGGCGGCAUGCCGAUGGUGCACUACGGCGGUGGGUCUCAGUUCACGAACGUGGCGCGUAGUACGCGCUACGCGGAUGGUAUGGCCGUUGACAACGAGGAAAAUGUCUCUCUCAACAGGCCCUACGAGGACAUUCAGUACACUCCGCAUUAUGAGAGGGGGGGGUCGAACCCCGGCGUCCACUACUGUGUGCCUACUCAAGACACGGCGAUGGCAGGAAUUCCCAUGAGGCGUGCACCACACUGUCCGCGUGCCAUGGACGAUCGGCCGCGUCAGCCCACAGGACCGUCGGCAGGAUAUCACGUGCUGUCGAACGUGCACAUGCCGCAGAUACUGCCGUCUCAACAUGUCGACACAUCACGUAUUGACACACCAGGAGGCCACCCGAUACCCAUGCAUCCGAAGGGCGGAGGCGUAUGUGGUGGCCACGGAGGCCACCGCCAGGUGGCGAGGUUCACGAGCGCGCCACCCUGCUGCAAGCACUACGCGGGCAGCGACGCCGUGCCUCGCCGGCCUCCGCGAGCUAUGUUGAAUCGGAUGUGCACGCAACACGUGGAUUACGUGGGUUACCCGCAUUCGCAGUGGGCUACAGUCAAGCGAGCAGCUCCCGCGGACAGUGGUCCGGCGUUCAGCCCUAUGGGCUCGAUGGAAAGCACAGACGCCUGCGCCAACUUCAUGAACGCCUUGGUCGCGCGUCACCGCGACAGCAUGAAGGGGAAGUGCGCCCCUAGGGCCGACACUUGGAGCUACGAGGACACACGCCAGCUUUGCCGUAGCCGUAACUUCAUGCGUUGCGGCAAGAUUAAGGAGGCAGCGUAG